AUGGAAGUCCCAGACAGCGAGGUACCCAAGCUUAGACAGGGCGGCAUAUAUGCAUUCGUUGCUUGGAUCUCGUACAUUUGUCUGGUGUGGUCAUUCAAGGGCGUCCUCAUGUUUCUUUACAACCGAAUCACAACUGGUUUAUGGCAGCACCGCAUGACUCUGAUCAUGGGUGCUUUUUGCGUGUGUACAUUCUUGGCGUCUUUGAUCUUCGAUCUUGCCAUCUGUCACCCAAUCCAAAAGAACUGGCAGGUCAAACCGUUUGCAGGGGAAAACUGUACUACCAGGCCACUAAACUAUAUCGUGAUUGAGGUCUUGAACAUUGUAACUGACUUGGGCGUCAUGUGUGUCCCAUUGCCACUUAUCAUCACGGCCAAAAUCCCACCAUUCCAGAAAUUCGUCUUGGCUCUCCUAUUCUCAUCCGGAAUUUUUGUCAUGAUUGCCGCUGUCCUUCGUACGUACUACUCGGUUUCGAAUAUCGACAAGCUGUCCGUUGCCCUGGGCUGGGCCUCCCGCGAAGCCCUGGUCUCCGUCUUCGUCGUCUGCGCUCCGGGUAUAAAGCCGCUUUUUACAAGAUUCAGGUGGUUUCAGUCGUUCAAAUCCUCAUCCAAUGGUUAUAGCAGCAACCAGCGCACGGGGCGCAGUGGCUUAUUCAAUUCCAAGUCUGGAAAUUUCACCGCUAUUAACAGUACCAAGGAUGAUGGUAAGCAUCCGUAUGAGUUGGAUAUCAUGAGGAGAAAUAAAGACAAGCACGAAGACUCGUCAAACGAGAGCCAGGAGCGGAUUAUUGAGUCUGGUGGGAAUGCGAAUAGUCCGCCCAGAGAUGCAGGUAUUGUGGUCACAACCGAGUAUACUCUGGCGCAUGACGAUACGAGAUCAGCGACAUGA